AUGUCACCGAAUCCUCCUUUGUUUGCCCUAGAGGACCAAUUGGCCCUCUACAAAGAGUAUCAUUUGAAUCCUAUUAAUAUCAAGAUCCACCUGGUUUGCAUCCCUCAGAUUCUGUUCAGCGCAUUUGUUAUAGCUUCUUAUGUCUCUUUUUCCGAUUCCAGUAAAUAUUGCAAUUUAGGUUGGACUGCCAUUGGAGUUUAUGAGUUGUAUUACCUAAUUUUGGACUUGGAAGCUGGCCUUAUUGCUGCUCCAUUCAUGUUCGGUAUUGGAAUUUUCAGCAACUACCUUCAUGAAGCUUAUCCUGCUGAAACUGCCUUCAUUAUCAAGUUUGCUCUAUUCAUCCACUUCUUUUCCUGGGCUGCUCAAUUUUAUGGCCACUUUCAUUUCGAGGGUAACGCUCCUGCAGUGUUUGAUAAUUUCGUUCAGCCUUUGAUUCUAGCUCCUUACUUUGUCAUUUUUGAAUGGAUGUUCAUAUUUGGUCACCGUCUAGAUUUGAAGAAGGCUAUAUUCAGAAAGGCCAAGGUUCUUCUUGAUGAGCGUACUAAACAGGGAGCCAAAAAGAACUAG